AUGGAUAACGGCUUCAUGGACAUCCCCCAUCCGCCUCUGAUGAAUGACCCCUUUGUGUUAGUGGGAUGCUCAGCGCCAAGCUCCACAAUGAAGAACAUGGGUCAAAGCACACUCUGUAUGGACGGCCUGAACCCAGCAAUGGUUAGUUGCAGCCAUGUUAAUGGAAAUACGCAGAUAAUGAAUGACAUAACAGCGAGAGAUGAUGGCAACAGGUUAGUCCUUGGUUUGGGUCCAACACCGAAUUUUUAUUCUGCAGUGUCCACUGGUUCAAAACAAGAUCAGAGGUUGUCCGGCCAGAGUUCUACUUUCACUGAUUCAGGGAUGCUGAGGCUUGGUCUUCAGAUGGAUGGUGGGGAAGCAAUUCAAUAUCUGCAAGCACCGAAUGGAGCACUCCAUUCUUUAGGUGUUGUUGACGAGGCUUCAACAUCUGCUACUGUAAGGAACAUGGGUGGUUACAUGCCAUCCCUACUCUUUGCUCCCCGUGCCAAUUCUACUGUCAAUGAGACACAAGUAGAAACCCCAGAUUCCGUAGACCUCACGCACAGCACCAACAAUAGUCAGCAUCUUCAACAUCACCUGCAGCUCAGCCCUGAACCCUCUGCAACGACCGAGUCUUCAUUUGGUGUGAGUUCUGAUGUUGUCACUGCAACAACUACAUCAGAACGUAGCCAUUCCCGACAUCCUAAGAAAUGCAGGUUUAAGGGAUGUUCCAAAGGUGCAAGAGGCGCAUCAGGAUUGUGUAUUGCUCACGGAGGUGGGCAGAGAUGUCAUAAAUCUGGAUGCCAUAAAGGUGCCGAGAGCAGUUCUGCAUACUGCAAAGCCCACGGUGGCGGUCGCCGGUGUGAGGAGCUUGGUUGCACCAAAAGUGCAGAAGGAAAAACAGAUUAUUGCAUUGCUCAUGGUGGAGGCUGCCGCUGUGAACAUCCUGGCUGUCCUAAAGCUGCCCGGGGUAAGUCUGGGCGGUGCAUCAAGCACGGUGGCGGGAAGAGGUGCUCGGUUAAAGGUUGCAUUCGGAGUGCCGAGGGGAAGGCUGGACUGUGCAUUUCUCAUGGCGGUGGCCGACGGUGCCAGUAUCCAGAUUGUGGCAAGGGGGCACAGGGCAGCACAUUGUACUGCAAGGGACAUGGUGGUGGCAAGAGGUGCAUCUUCGAUGGUUGCAGCAAAGGCGCAGAGGGUAGCACACCUCUGUGCAAAGCACAUGGUGGUGGGAAGCGAUGCAUGUUUGAAGGAGGUGGUGUCUGUGCAAAGAGUGUGCACGGGGCUACUGAAUACUGCGUGGCACAUGGAGGAGGGAAGCGCUGUUCCGUGCCCGGCUGCACCAAAAGUGCUCGUGGCCGCACUGACUGCUGUGUGAAGCACGGUGGGGGCAAGCGGUGCAAGGUUGACAACUGCGGCAAGAGCGCCCAGGGGAGCACGGAAUUCUGCAAAGCCCAUGGUGGAGGAAAGCGGUGCACUUGGAGCACAGGCUGUGAAAAGUUCUCCCGUGGCAAGAGUGGCUUCUGUGCGGCACAUGGUACCUUGAUGGCCAGGCAGCGAGAACAAGAGGCGGUGAAGAAUGUAGGAAGCAUGAUUGGACCAGGUCUCUUCAGCGGCAUUGUGGUAUCAUCUGCCACCGCAGCAAGCAGCAUGAUGAACGAGCACUCGUCCUCUGGUGUCAGCACCGCUUCCGACUGCGAUGGCACCGUGAGGAGCCAAUCAAUGAUUCCUCCGCAGGUGCUGGUUCCUCGCUCUAUGAUGCCUUCUUGGUCGUCUGAGCCUGUAGAUGGAGGCAGAGAGGGAGGUCAUGUUGUUCCUGAGGGGAGGGUCCAUGGUGGUGGCCUCCUGUCACUUCUUGGUGGCAGCUUCAGGAAUGCCGAUGUGGAAAAGCUUUGA